CCCUCACGCGGAGAUGGGGAGAGAAGUUUGCCUGCGGCGCAGUCCAGUGAACGUUUAGCGUGUAUCAUUUAGGGAACAGCAACAAGAGCCUCCGGAGAAGCUUUCCAAGGAUUGUUGAGGAAUAUCUGACUGACUCAGAAACACCACUCUCCAAGUUGACUUUUUUUUUGGCUCUUUUGAAGAAAAAAACAAAAAACAAUAUACCUUUCCUUAUCAUUGAUGUCGCCAAACUAGUGGGAAGCUCGGGUCAGUAGGACAGCGGCCGCACGCGGACUGUUGUCUGUCGGAGGGUGCUUUUUAAAUUUAGGUUCCCGGAGAAGGAAGAACAGAGCGAAACAGAAGGAAAAAAGAAGAAGAAGAAUAAGACAGUCCAAGAGAAGGCGAUAAAAGAGUCUGACUCAGAAUGAAUAACAACAAGAUCGAGAAAGAAAACGAGCAGAGUGAAUUCACCAACCACGAAGAGGAGGUCCGAACACUAUUUGUCAGUGGGCUACCACUGGAUAUUAAGCCGCGGGAGCUCUAUCUCCUGUUCAGACCAUUUAAGGGCUAUGAAGGCUCCUUGAUAAAACUCACUUCUAAACAGCCAGUGGGGUUUGUCAGCUUUGACAGCCGAUCAGAAGCGGAGGCUGCUAAGAAUGCCUUGAACGGGGUCCGGUUUGAUCCAGAGAUCCCCCAGACCCUUCGGCUGGAGUUCGCCAAGGCAAACACCAAGAUGGCCAAGAACAAGCUGGUUGGCACCCCCAACCCCCUUCCCUCCCAGCAGAGCCCCGGGCCACAGUUCAUUAGCAGAGACCCAUAUUCGCUGGCUCCCACCUGCAGAUGGAACUCCUCAGGGAUGGAAGUCCAGGCAGUUCUGCUGAAGCAGCAGCAGCCUCAUGGGCCUCAGGACAUUCUAGACCCCAGCCUCCAUCACACAUCGAGCCCACCCUCCCCAAAGUCCUUCCAACUUUUUUUUUUUUUUUUAUACUGUUACAUACUCAAAAUUUACCGGCAGCGCUUUGGCUACACCUCCUCUGACACCUCAAUGAAAGGUGCCGGGCAUGCAUGACAAAGGCUCACACACCCUUUGUUUACCAGUUGACUGCGUCGCCCGUGUUAACGUUAGCAGGGCUCUUGCUGUGCAUUCUGUAUAUGCAAGUGUACCAGAGGAGUGCACAUUUUAUGCAGCCACUUUGCAAGGCCAGAAGUAUGGAAGUGUGGCUAAAGCGCUGCUGGGUAAUAUUAUAAUACGACUAUAAUUAUUACUAUACUGUAUAUCAUUCAUAUUAAUGUUAUUAUGAUUAUUAAAUACAUGUUGAAGCAUGACUUUGCAAAAAAAGAAAAACAAAACCCAAUGCUGUACAUUUUUAGAUAUUUUAAAGAAAUACAAAAAAGUAUUUUUGUAAUCAAGACAAUGUUUGAAAUGGUUCUGUUUGAUAGGUUCAUGUCGUGCUUAAGUGUGUGAGGAACUUUCAUACUUGUAUUAUUUUGCCCUUCCUGUUUUGUGCCAUUAUAACAUGGUAAGUCGCCCUGCUAUACCAAAGCAGUCCUGUGGGUUUUUCUCUUGUCUUUUCUACAUACUGUGUGGAUUUUUAGGUUUGCUCAUGUGUGUCUUUUUGUGGUGUCUUUACCUGAUGAGGCAAACAUAUUAGUCCUUUGUCUGAUGUGCUUUGGUUCAACUAAGCAGUCAAUGUUAACUCUUGAGUGAUCCAGCUCAUAAUUUAUCAGUUAGAGGUAGCCAGACUUGUUACGAGAGGCAUUGACAGGAAUAAGCCGUCACUGGUGAAGGUAGUGACCCCAGAGACUGAAAAACAUGGCAAACUGAGCCCUGCUAUAAUUAGGAAUUUCAUUCAUUGUGUAGCAGGAGACAGCAGCACAGUAUAGAGAAACAAAAGACCAAAGGCAUUUUUUUUUUUUUACACUGGAGAGCUAUGUAGGCUAGUGGAAUAAUUCCAUUUUUGACUGCUUUGUAGUCUUCAGUCUGAUUUCUUAUGAAGUAUGAUGUUAUUUUUGCUGCAUGUCUCUUUUGGUGUCACUCCAAAGAGCAACUCUGCAUCUGAAAGGACAUUCACUUUAAGCAAUUUGUCUUUUUGUGUCUAUUUUUAGGGAGCCAACAUGAUUCAACCUGCUUUUGUAAAUGUUGAAUUUACAUAGUGAUGAUUGGAGUGUUAAAAAAAAAAUUAUAAUCUUUUUGUAAUCUUGUGUAUUCUGGGCCUGCAAUAACUUCUUUGCUGUUUGACAUAUCUUCAAGUGAUCAUAUUCCUGUGACAUUUUGAUGCCAAAAUUCUCAUUCAUGUCGCAUUCUUACAAAGAUAAACAGUGAUUCUUGUACUUCUUCUGAUAAGGCCAAGUCACAUUUCAGUGAUGUGAUCAAAAACUGAAAUACUGUAAGAAAAACAAUCUUUAGCCCAGGUGUGUACAAUCAUAUUGGAGUGGUUGAGUCAUAUAGUCAGUGUUUUUGAUGAAUAUUAAUAAUAAUAUGCACACUAUGUCAACCGAUAUUCUGGAGCAGUUUUUGCUUUUACAGACAUUUUUUAAGCCAAGUGUGGCACCAAAUUUAUUAGAACAAGUAUUUAUAAGGGGUGUGUGUGUGCGUGUGUGUUUUUAUGGGUAUUAUGUUUUUAAAGUUCAUAAAAGAUGCCCAUCAUAUAAUUAAUUGUAAGUAUUAUUGUAAGUUUAAUUGUAUAUUCAUUUGGUAAUUUUCUAGAGCUUCUUAUUGUGUUUGUAUCUGAUAUAUGAAUACUGUUUUACCUACAUAAUUCACUGUGAAAUCCAGAGAAAUACCUUUUGAACGAAUGGAUCUAUUUGUCUUUUGCCAGCAGUACGGUACAGAAGUUCCUGGAAAUGAAUAUGAUGACCCCUCCCUUUUGUCAAUGAGAACUAUUCCUUUCUCGUUUCAGUAUACCAUGUGCGUACCUGUGUGUUCUGUGCAUGUUCACGGCAUGUGUGUGUUCUUCUUUUCUUUUUCUUAAUGCAUACAGUACUGUUGAUAUUUAUGUACUUUAGCCGCUGUAAGGAGAAACUGUAUUUCAGUGAAUUGCAGAUGGUUUGUUUGUUUGAAACCAAAAAAAAAGGUGAUCAAAAUGAGAAGUUUUUAUGAAAAUGUUAAAUGAAGACAUUUCAGGCCGUCUGCCAUUAAAGAUUGACGUCAUC